AUACGCACGCGCACACACACACACCAGACAACUCUCCACAGGAAAAGCUUGAGACAGAAUGCGCAGCACCUCUUUCCCGUCUCAUACACGCUCUGUCAGCCCAGAAGGGAUCCCUCGCUACUUUGAUAUCUGCUUAAUUACUAAUGUGAUGCCACACAGAUGUCUGGGGGCAAGAGCCGAAAGUUUCCCUGCAUGUGUGUGAAUGACUGACUGAGUGACGGGACCGUGAGGAAGGCAGACAUUUUAGGAGCGUGUCUUUCUGAAUCUGUGGAUAUAUUGGAUACUUUUCCCAUCUUGUCUGGAAGUUAAGUUGUGGAUUGUGCAGCACAAUGGGCCUCCUGACCAUACAUGUGCUGCUGUUCAUGGCAGCUUUGGCCAGUAGUGGAAUUUGCCAGAUGAAUGAUUCAGACACUCAAGAUCCCCGAAGCGUCCCAGUGCUGAGCUCUGGUUCUACAUCCACACCAUCCGGUUCUCAAGUCAAUCGUGGCUCAAAUGUCAGCAAGCAACGGGUGCCCUAUUGUACAAAAACCGGGACAUCCAUUAAGUCUCACUUCAGGUACAUCAACACAGUCAUCUCUUGUAUCGUGUUCAUCGUAGGAAUUGUAGGGAAUGCUACCCUCCUGAGGAUCAUCUACCAGAACAAAAGUAUGAGGAAUGGACCCAAUGCUCUGAUUGCAAGCUUGGCUUUAGGAGAUCUUCUCUACAUCAUAAUUGACAUUCCCAUCACAGUCUAUAAGCUCCUGGCAUCUAGGUUCCCCUUCAGCGACAGCUCAUUUGGACUGUUUCUUUGCAAGCUGGUACCCUUUCUACAGAAGGCCUCAGUGGGGAUAACAGUUCUCAACCUCUGUGCCCUAAGUGUGGACAGGUACAGGGCAGUGGCAUCAUGGAGUAGAGUUCAGGGAGUGGGCAUCCCACUGUUCACUGCCAUCGAGAUUCUCUUAAUCUGGGUGGUUUCGAUCAUUUUCGCAGUUCCUGAAGCAAUUGUGUUUGACAUCGUCCCCUUCAACUACACUAACCAGACCCUAAGGACGUGCAUGUUGAACCCCAAAAAUUCCUUCAUGCAAUUCUACACAAAUGCCAAGGACUGGUGGCUGUUUGGCUUCUACUUCUGCGUGCCUUUGGCCUGCACUGUCAUCUUCUACACACUAAUGACAUCUGAGAUGCUCAAUCACCGCAAUGGCAACCUUCGCUUUGCCCUAAGUGAACACCUAAAGCAGAGACGAGAAGUGGCCAAAGCUGUCUUUUGCCUGGUUUUGAUUUUCGCUUUGUGCUGGUUCCCUCUGCAUCUAAGCAGGAUUUUGAAGAAAAUGGUCUACCAGGAAAAUGACACAGGCAGAUGUGAUCUACUCAACUUCCUUUUAAUUAUGAACUAUGUGGGUAUGAACUUGGCCACAGUCAAUUCCUGCAUUAAUCCCAUCAUCCUCUACUUCGUCAGUAAAAAGUUCAAAAACUGUUUUAAGUCUUGCCUUUGCUGCUGGUGCCACUCCAACCCUCAAGUUAACAGCAACAGUAUCCAAUGCAAGACCACAAGUCCAAACAACCUGCACACAGACCCGUGUGUGAGAAAAGACAGUGACUAAACCCCUAUCAAAUAUGAUGCCUGUGGAACAGGGCAAAGCACUUUGCAAUACAUGUCCAGGAAUCUGCAAGCCAGUUGGUAGAGCUGCAAGCUCAAGUGUGUGUGUGUGUGUGUGUGUGUGUGUGUGUGUGUGUGCGUGCGUGCGUGUGCGUGUGUGCGUGCGUGCGUGCGUGCGUGCGUGCGUGCGUGCGUGCGUGCGUGUAUUUUGCAGACACUCUGAGCCAAAUCACGGUGGGUUCAUUUACAGGGUCACAUGUAACCAUAUGAAACUGAUAUGAUACAUUUAAAGGCCUAUUUAUAUUAUCACACUUCUUAUUCUUCCCUCCUUGGAGGACCAUGGAAAUCCAAGUUCACAUGACCACUUUUCAAAUGAAUCGCAUCGCUCUUCUAUUAAAGCUACACAACUUGUAAUCAGACAUGUAUCAAAGUUGUUAACUAGUAGAAAAGGUGACAGCAGUAAUGUACACAAUAUUGCAAAUUGAUGAACAAUGUGGCUAUUCAAAGUUAUGUGACUGACACAUAGACACGUUGACUUGAUUUCAAACUAUAAGUAAUAAUUUCCAAAUAGACGUUUUAUCAACACAACUUAGCCAUAGGCUUUAAAUGUAUGGUCAGUAUGACUUUAGAUACAUGCAGGGACAUGCAUCCUGAACACAUAAGAUCAUCUUGGCUGCCCUCACAAUGAAUAUAAUGCUGGUCAUUAUAUUCUGCGAAGUUGCUCAGUCAAACAGAUUGAAUUACCUUCAAAAUACAAUAGGUACAGAUACAAGCUUCUUUAUCAUAACCCCUUCUUUUUCUUAUUUUUUAGUUGUACUUAUAAGCAUUCACAGUGAUAAGGAGCAUUACAGACUUCAGUUUUCCAAACGACUAAUCACAAAUUGUAAUGUGUGUUUCAUGAUUGAAAUCCACAUUUAAAUUAGCCUGAUGUUUUUUUUUUAAAUGUCUGGUCAGAUACAUGUGAUGCAUUUGCAAUCAAGGGCAUUGAUAAGUGUACGUACCAAUUGAAGGGGGCACACUCUUUUUCACCAAAUAGGGUCUACAUAUAGGCUAUAAAAACAUAUGUAUUAAGUUAUUUCUAAAAAAAAAAAAAGGGGGGAAGAUGAAGAAAGAAAAGAAAGAAAAACACACGAAAGAGAUAUUGCAACUGCUAGGUUUUAUUUAUGUGAAUUAUGAAAAAAAAAUUGACAAAUUAAAACCUAAAUUUGUGAUUUCUUUGAAGAUAGACAAGUUUGAUGUCAGUAGACCUACCUUGAUAUUUUAAUUUCUACAAAUUAUUGCACAAACCUUAGAACGCCAGAAGCAGACUAAACCAGAUGUCAAAAGGCUACAAGCAAUAAACUAAGAAAUAUGACGUGUGAUCAUGUUUGAGAUUUAAAAGCCUGCUUUUGGAAACUGUCCAAGUGCAACAAACUUUGAAUAAACUGAAAAAUUAUUACUAUACUUGGGCAAGGGCUAUGGAAAAACAGCCAGAGGUAUUGUGAAUGACAAAAACACAUUUUACAAUAUACAAUGUGCAAUGCACAAUGUGAAUUUUAGAGGAUAUUCAGUGUCUGUGUUUAUACAUGUUCAUGAGUGUUACCGGUGUGGUUGCCUCGAUAUCUAUAUUUUCUUUCUGACCUGCUACACUAUAUUAAUUCAUAUGCUUGGCACAAGAUAUUAUGGUAUACAAUAUUAUUCCACGUCUUUUGUAAAAAGCAAAAGAAAUCAUGAUGAUGACUUCUAAAGUGUGAAAAGAUGCUAUGCAAAAAUGUUUGUGUAACAGUUUUACAUAUAGGUACAAUUUUGCAUUAUGUAACAGCAGGCAGGUACCAUAAAACAACUCUGUAACAGUUUCUUUGACUUCAUGUGAUUGUAAUGCUGCAAUGAUAUACUUUGUACAGAUAAACAACACAUUGCAUUUUUUUUAUUAAAUAUUGUGCCUUCUUUAUUUGGGUUGGGGAAUUCUCUAUACCUUUUCGUUAUUUCAUAUUUAGAAUUUGGUUGUCUAAUCAGCCAACAACAACAAUAAUGUGAUGGUGUUACAUGGGACUCAGGGCAUCCUAACAGUGUGAACUCUUCUUCUUUAAGUACAAAGUCUGGUCUGGGAAUGAUUUAAAGUGAACUAUGACCUGCUUGGCAGUGUAACAUUAGAGGUCAGUGGGGUCAGCAAGGAGGAUGUGAACUACCCAGAGUCACAGAAAAAAUGCAGGCCAGGAGACAUUCAAGUCCAGGCUGGAAUCUGCUUAACAGAUGUGUUAUGGGAACCUUUAUCUUGCCUCUGAAUUUAAGAAAGCUGUAAAACAGAAACCCCUGACAGAAUGUUUAUAAAAACGUAAGUGUUUAUAAUGACCCAUAAAGCAAGCUAUUAAGCGCAGAGUUAAGAAGACAUGCAGACGUUAUUUCAGCCACGCAUAGUAGGCUACGUAUACAUGUAGCCUAUACUGUGUUGUAUCAUUAAAACAUUUUUAUAGGCCUAUUAUAUGAAUAACAUAUCUGUUUCAAAUGUUUCAAACAUUUUGAAUACUUGUAAAAUAAGUCCCAUCCUCAUAAACUUGUUUGAAGAUGUACAGUAUUCAUUAAGGAAAUGUUAGUGACUGACUGGUGUUAAUGGUGGCAAAUCAUACACAAACAUGAAAUGUACAAUUGAAUCAAAUUAUGUGUGUGUUAACGAAAGAUGUCCUGUUGGCAAUGAUAUUCAAAAAUGACAUUAUGCAAGUCUGGGGUAGGGUAUGCAUGUAUGUGUGUUGUGUCAGUGAAAAACAACAUUUCAUUAAAUCCAUGUUUCUUCUUGUACUUCCAAUAUCCUUCCAACACAUUCUACUGCUUCUGAUGCCUGGGUGACUAAGCAAUGGUCGCCAUACAGCAAAUGUGCAAAUGUGUUUCCAGUUUUCACAAACAGAAUGUCUGUUUGUCUUCCCUGCCCCAACAUGGGAGACCCCUUAUGCCAUUUUGUAGCAUAGGCCCUUGCAGCCAUCCAGCAAAGAGGACUGAUUGUGGCAAGAACAUUCCUAAUUCAUAGAAGCCGAAAGGAUUAAUUUAAUAUUCAUGAACAAUCUGUCCUAGCCCAACCAGCUACUUCUGUGACUGUGGGGCAGUAUGAUGACAGAGCAUCAAAAAGGGAAAAGUUAUGUAUCACCCCCACACUCCAGACUGAAAUACAGGAACAACAAACCAAACGAUGUUGAACACCUCCAAAUGAAGGAACAGGAUUUCUCCACCCUCCCAAUCAAUUCCAGUCAAACCAGAGCAGACAAAUCAUGGUUAAGUCUUCAGAGUAAUUUUGCAGGAACUAUUAGGCCUAUAACAAGACAUUAGGGGGCAAAACGAUCAGGCAAAAAUGUAUACUUUACUUUAGCCAACCACAGUCAUUUUUUGGUCUGACUUCAGGAUCAUCAGAAAUUGAAUAGUAGCCUGGUUACAGGGCUAGGCCUAUAGCUCAAAUUGAUUUUGACUACCUAGUGAUCACACCACAAAGUUUGUUUUCUGUGAAAGGGGUGAUGAUCUAAAGUUCUAAACACAACAGCUAUAUUACAAAAUGCAGAGAUUAAGUAUAACAAUUUAUUUCUUGUAAUGUAUGUCUUGCUGCAAUGACUAUUAUUUGUAUCUUGUAUUGUCUUGUAAUGUAUAUUACAUGUAUCUUAGUAUGCUGCUACUGAUUUCCUUCUGGAUAAAUAAAGGAACUCUACU